AUGUUUGGCAAAUCUUUCUUGCUCCUAGCUCUCGUUGUUGCAGUUUCAUCUUUGGAAUGUGUCUUCGAAGUUUUUGCUGAUCCUAGUAGCUUGAAUAUUCAAGGAGGAACUGACAAAUGUGACGCUGAAGACAAUUAUUGCCUCAAGGUAUACGAAAAAACUAACUUUAGGCAAUUCGUAACUUUUUCUUGUCUGGCGGAGAGAUUUUCACAGAAAUUUUUCAAAUACGAUGCUUCACUCGUUUUUAAGAUUGACUUCAAUGGUAUAAAGGCUAAAGGAUGCUCGAGGACUUCAAGGAAAAUUAACGGAGUGGGAAUGCAAGAGGUUGAUUGCAAUCACCAUGGAUCUGGCUGUCUUCCCGACAAUUCAGUUUGCUGUUGCGAAGGAAAUAAGUGCAAUGGAGUGUCAGAAAUCUCUGCAAUGUUUUCAAUCGUCAUUAUUGGAGUUGCCAGAUUCUUCUUGAUAAUCGUUCUGCAAACUUUUGAAGAAUUCUUCUCUGUCCUUCUCACUAUCACAACUGCUACACACAUGAUUAUUUGUGUCUUUAUGUCAUCCCAGUACCGAGAAACUUCGUUAUCUGUUGUUAGAUGUGGAUAUGUUCCUAAACCCAGAUGGAAGGACAAUUUAGUGGUAGUUGCAUCAAAAACGUGA